AUGACAGCAGGGGCCCGAUCGAAUGUCACCCAUCGGGAGGAGGGUCAACUUCGGCUACAGGCUUCCGAGCGAAUCCGACGACGAGCCAAGCCUGCAAAGCUAGCUGCACGGCCCGCAGAGCGCCACGAGAAAUUCGGCCGGCCGGUUCAUCGGCACUGGCAGGCCGAGCCGCAGAACCCAACGCGUAGGCUUUGGCACUCGUCGCUCCAAUGGACGCGUGAUUCGAUUCAACUCGACAAGCUCAGCAUUGUGCGCAGCCUGCAACGCGAACCGGCUCAGCAGCGCGUUUGGCUUUCUUCGCACCCGAUUCCUCCGCUCUCUCCGCACCCACCGCUCUCCAAUUCAGCCGGUUCCCGUGCCGCACCGCCGUUGCCCCCUCCUCCCCUUCUCCAUCGUCCAUCCACCGUCCAUCCAGCCAUCCGCAGCCAAUCCCGCUCGAAAAGGGAUAGCUCGCACGCUUGCUCAAGCAUCUCGACCAUCUCAACCGGCCAACACUCCCACUCCCGUCUCGCGGCUGCCGAGGUCCAUCAAUCGAUCCGGCUUCAUUCGCACGCAUCUUCAUCACCCACCAAUCCUCUUCAUUCUCAUCCUCAAGCGUCCGCAAUCGCUCGCCGGACCCACACCACUUCCGCGCUUCCAUCUUCACCCCCCGAUCACAUUACACCUGCUGCGACCUUGCGUCAGCCGUCAGCAGUCACUCGCUCGAAGCCUUGCUUCAUUUGCAUCCGCACCCGCUCCCAUCGCUCGUCAAGCAAGGGUCGGCCAUUCGGCGCAUCCAUCGCCUUUCUGCAGAGCAACCAAGCCCGUCCCUCACAACUUCCGAGCUCGUCCCUCUCGCUUCGCUUUGCUUCGGCCGACAUCGCUGCCGGUACCCGGCAUCGCAUCCGCUUCGCGCUUCGCGCUCCACGUCCAACCAUGAACACGCCGCCCAAGUUCUCCCACUCCCGGCAGGGCUCCGUCGACCUUCCAUCCUCCUCCUCGGCAGCCCAUCUCCACCACCCCUCCUUGUCCGGUCAUCCUCCCAGCGGCUCCCACACCCCGGGCCACCACUCUCCCCUGACAACCUACGGUCACGCGCUCGCGUCUCUCGCCUACCCGACUUCGUCCUAUUCGCCCUAUCGCUCCGCUCAGAACCUCCCUGUCGGAUCAUGGGCUUCCAGCAAUCCAUCCGCACUCCAUGGCAGCACUGCUCCCUCCUCCUCCAAGCGCAGCCAGAGCAGAGACGCAGAUGACGAUGACGACGAAGAAGACGAUGACGAUGACGACGACGACGAUGACGGCGACAGCGACGAUUCCGACGACUCGGACGACGAUGACGAUGAAGACGACGACGCCGACCAGACCAACGACGGCAAGUCAAAAGGCGCAAACAACAAGCGCAAACGCGACGCAUCGCCAAAGAACGCAAGCGCAAAGAAGAAGGCCAACGCCAAGGACAAGCAGGGCGACAAGUCUGGCGGCGCCAACGGCACAAAGGACGGCGCCACAGGCCAGAAGAAGCAGAAACCCACCCGAGGCGCUCGCGCCUGCACAAACUGCCGUCGCCUCAAGAUGCGCUGUGUCGGCGCCGAAAAGGGCCCUCCCUGCAACCGAUGCCGCAACGGCAAUCACGAAUGCAUCUUUGAGGAAAGCAAUCGCGGCAAAAAGGGCGGCAAGAACCAAAAGGCAGAGGCCAUGCAGCAGAGUCUGCGCAAGAUGGAGCAGACCCUCGCCACCGUCCUCCGCAGCAUCCGCGACCCAGGUCUCGCCGCACAGCACGGCGGCAUGCACGGCACCCACGCCUCGGGCUCGCCUGCUCGCGUCAGCAACGACGGCACCAGCCCCAUCAGCACCAUCAACCCCAGCGCCGUCGCACACAGGAGCGCCUCCUCCACAGACGGCAGCACGCAUUCGCCCGCCAACGCUCACGGCACCCGCUUCCUCGAGCCACUCCCUCACCACCACCGCCAGCAGUCCCGUCCCGGCCCUCCUGGCUCUGAGCCUCCCCGCAGCCGCCCCUCGCGUGGCUCUCCACGCCUCCACUCGCUUCCAGACAACACGCUCAAUCCGCUCGGCCUCCUCGCCGAAGCCAGUCUCCACAACACCCAACGCGCACGCAAACACGCCGCCUCUCGCAGCGUAGCCAGCAGCGCCAGCCGCGAAAAGGACAGCCAGCGUUCCGGCAGCACUGGCGGUCAGAGCCCGGACAAGACCAUCAAGUCCGAAGGCGGAGAGGACACCACACCCGAGGGCGACGCCAAUGCCGCCAACGACGAUGCGCAGCGAAAGAUUCCGCUUGGCGUCGCUUCCCAGAACUAUUUCCGCCCCGGGCCCAUGACCAUCCUCCCGCUGCGACGCAUCAUCAUCGAGCGCGAGAUGCCGCCCGAGCUGCUCACUCUCGGCAUCGUCUCGUCCGAAGAAGUGCUGGAUCUCUUCAGCAUCUUCUUCCGCCGAUGCACACAGCACCUCUGUCUCCUCGACGCAGAGUGGCACACGCCCACCUUCAUCUGCAGUCGAUCGCCCUUCCUCUUCACCUGCGUCUGCACCGUCGCUGCCAAGUUCUACGAUCGCAGGCCCGACCUGCAUGCAAAGUGCAUGGCGCUUACGCGCAAGGUCGCAUUCGACGUCGUCAACCGCGGCUUCAAGAGCAUCGAGAUCGUCCAGGGCUUCCUGCUCAUGGCCAUGUACGCCCAGCCGGCCGAGCGCUUCGAGGAGGACAAGACGUGGAUGUACAGCGGCAUCGCUCUGCGCAUGGCCACCGACCUCAACCUGCACCGCAAGAGCGUCGCCACCUUCAACCACAGCCCGCAUCCCGACGAUCCUGCCGUGCUCGACCGCGAGCGCGAAAUCCUCAACCGCGAACGCACCUGCAUCCAGAUGGGCAAGCCCUACACCAUCCGCGAAGACUGGAUCAUCCGCAACUGCCGCAACUGGGGCAGCCGCUUCAGUCGGCCCUGGGACCUCUCGGUCAGCGCCGUCGUCGAUCUCUAUCGCAUCAGCAGCCGUCAGCUCGACUUUCUCUACUCGUCCACCUCGUCCGUCUCGGGCCUCAAUACCGAGAUCGACUACUCGCUCGUGCUGCCCGUCUUCAACGAGCAGCUGCAGGAGUGGCGCGAGGAAUGGCGCUGGCGCGGUCUCUUCUCGGUACCCGAAGAGGGCGAGGAGUACAUCGAGAACAAGAGGCGCAAAAAGGCCGCUGCUGCCGAAAAGGAGGCUGCAGCGGCCGCCAAGGACGGCGACAAGGACAAGGACAAGGACACCAACGGUGCAGCCAAAACGAGCACCACCGCCGCCGCUUACGAGUACGAGGACGACGACGAGGACGCCGAGAAUCUGGAUCUCAACACGCGCAUCCUCAUCCACCACGCCCAUUCGGUGCCCGUGCGCUACAGCUUUGCCGUGCUGGUGCUCAACUCGUUCGGACUGCAGCAGGCUGUCGAUCAUCCCACUGGCGCCAACCUGGACCGCGCCCAGUACUUUGCAAAGUGUCUCGAGGCGGCCAAGACGAUCGUGACCAACUGCUGUGGCCCGUCGCGCCGCAACAUGAGGUACGCACCCGACGCACACAUCCUCACGCUCGCAUACGCGUGUGUCUUCCUGCUCAAGCUCAUCCGCCCGGCGUUCGCCGGCUACGUCGAGGAGGAGUCGAUCCUCACCUUGGUGCAGGGCGCGGUGGAUAUGCUGGAGGAGGUGGCGGUCAACGAGACGCACACGCCGUACCUGUACAGCGCGUUCCUGCGCGCGCUGGUGCAGGCGCGCAGGGACCACACUUCGGCCUCCAAGUCGGCACAGGGCAGUCGCGUGGUCUCGCGAGCUGUGUCGCCCGAAGCGAUGGACCAGGACGCUCCCGAUGCCGCUUCGGCAGGCGCAGCCAACCCGCCCGAAGGCGUUCCUUCAAGCGGUGUCGCGGAAGGCACCAUCCCUGCCGCGCUCGAUCCGUCGCAUGCCGACUUCACCGGUUCUGCCGAGGGCAACGUCAACUGGCCCUCGCAGAUCUUUGGUGCCACGUCGGGCAUGGACGAUUUCUGGGGCUCACUUCUUCCGCCCGGCUUCUCGCAGACUUCGAUGCACGAUUUGUUCGGUGCGGCGAGUGCGGAUGGUCCGGGCGCCAACGGACAUGCGCACCUGGCUGCCGAGGCCGAGGUGGUGGAACCCUCGCAGCACGCGACCAAGUUCGGCAUGGGAGGCGGAGGCGCCUUCGACUUUGGCGGUGGCGCGAUCGGGAAUGGCAACGGCGGCGUGCCGUUGAAUUCGGCAGCGGCCAGUGCGGCCUUGGCCAACUCGAUGAGUAUGACCCCCGUCGCAUCGGGACACUUCUCGGGCGCCAACACGCCGCACGGCUUGGGAAGCAGAAGCAGAAGAACGAGUGCAAGCCACUUCAAUCUCGGCGGUCUGUCCAAUGUCAACUUUGACUUUUCGUCGUAG